AUGGAUUCUCAGUCCCGCAAUACCCCCGCCAUAACCGUGCACGCCUGUGGCAUCUUGCCCUCCUGCAACCAAGUCGUGGCCGCUUGGAGCGUUUUCUGCCUGACAUUUACCGGCCAGUUGGAGCUGUCGCACGCCUACAAGGUGUUCGCAGCUCGCCCAUGUGGUGGUGCAGCACGAGCAUCCAAAUCUGGAAAGCUCAUCACCUGUCGGACUCAGGUGGUGGGAGAAACCAACGUGACAGAUGAUAAUAUUGCCGAUGAAGAUGAAGAAAUUGCGGGCGUUGUGCUAGAAACAGCGCAACCGAGCGGGUCACUCUUUGCCCAUCUUUUGAAGGAGAUCAGCCCGCGGUCAAGUUCUCUAACCCUCCUUGUGACGCAUAGUCAACGUCUCUUUUCUUUUGCCGAGUCGGAGGCGCCACAACCACAUUUUGUCUGUCGGGUUGAGGGGGAUGCCUGCACAUUGGAGACGCACUUGCCGGACACCGCCAGCGCUGGGGCAGCAGCACAAUUCCACGACCUUGCCUGUAGGUUUUGCUCUGUGAUUCAGCAGACGGUGGCCCACUGGCAAUCUACAAAGAAAAUACAAGAUAUUGACAUUCUUUCCGAUAACGACACGGCUCAAAUCCUGCGAUGGAACACAGAGUCAUAUGCAUCCGCGAGUGAGCCAGCGACUGCAACACUGCUCGAGAAGAUUCAGACAACUGCUCGCUCGGCAGGUAAUAGAUUGGCCCUGUACUCUGCCAGAUGCAGUCUUUCGUAUGCCGACCUUGACAACAUGUCAGGUCGUCUGGCGGCAGGGCUUCUCCAGUACUCCGGGGGAUUGGGUACCUUCCUGCCUAUCGUGUGUCGUAAGUCGGCGUUGGCCGUCGUGGCCAUGCUGGCGGCGUGGAAGUCAGGGGCAGCCUUUGUCCUGAUCAGCCCAGAUAUACCGAUGGAGCGCCGCGAGUCUAUACUAACACAGCUCCAGAGUGAGCUGUCACUGCUUGUGGACGAUGAAACGGUUCGAAUUGUCAAUGCCCGAGCCUCUAUAGCUCGUCAGCCCCAUCUUUUGUUUUCCUCCUUAGAUUCGUCUCCCAGCAGGUUAGUCGACACCAGUUUGUUGCCAGGCUGUGGCCUUUCUGAUCCUGCCUAUGUCAUUUUCACGUCUGGUACAACGGGAGCCCCCAAGGGCGUGGUCAUUGAGCAUCUCAGCAUCAGCAAAAGCAUGGCCAGUCUCGCGGACGCCGGUGGGCUAACCAGGGGCACGCGUAUGUUGCAGUAUGCAUCAUACACAUUCGACGCAUGUAUUCUGGAAAUAUUCUGCACCCUGACUGUGGGUGGAGCGGUCUUUAUUCCCACAGAUGGAGAGCGGAACAACCAGCUCCUACCGUUUAUUCGGGAGAAUGCCCUCAACACCAUGCUGUUAACACCGAGUGUACUGCAAAUGCUAAAUCCGGAUGAUUACUCGACCAUGAAAACAGUUAUCGCCGGUGGCGAGAAGAUGUCCGCCCCGGUCAUCGAAAAGUGGUCGUCUCGGGUGAGACUGAUGAACGCGUAUGGACCGACGGAAACGGCGGUCCUAUGUACACUACUAGAUCGGGUCACAACUCUCACCCCUCCGGAAAAGCUUGGCUGGGCUCUCGGCGCUUCGCUGUGGAUUGUAGAUGUCGAGGAUCCGAACCGUUUGGUACCGAUCGGAGCUGUGGGAGAGCUUGUCGUCUGUGGCAUGACCCUGGCACGGGGAUACCUUCACGAUCAGAAGCGCACCGCAGCAGCUUUCCUGGAGGAUCCGGCCUGGUUGCCGCGCUUGGGUCCCGACAGCAAGGCGCCACGACGUGCGUACCGCACGGGCGAUCUGGUUCGAUACGACGCCGAUGGGGCGCUACAUAUUGUUGGUCGCAAGGACCAGCAGGUCAAGCUACGUGGGCAGCGAAUCGAACUGGCCGAGAUUGAGCUUGCCGUGCGUAGACUCCUUCCACAUCAUACCGAGUUGGCCGUUGAGGUUGCACGCCCUGGAGGCUUCGGCAGCGCUUCACAACUCGUGUUGUUCAUUGUGAUCGUGCUCGAAGAUGACUAUGGCGUCCUUGCCACCCCUGUUGUCCUUACAUCGGAGACAGCUGUUCAUCAACUUCGUCUACUCACAAAGGAACUGGCGCCACAGCUUGGAGACUUAUUACCCGACUACAUGAUCCCAUCAGUAUAUAUUCCGAUUUCAGGACUCCCAUUGACCAGAUCUGCGAAGCUGGACCGCAGGACCUUGCAGUCAUGGGUGGAGACCUUGUCGGUUGCUGACCUCUCGCGACUUGCUUCCAGCUCAGUAGCGGAAGAGCCUGGACCGAUGGGCGAGAUAGAAAUAGGGCUACAGAAUCUGUGGAGUCAGGUUCUCGGCACGUCUCCGGAACACAUCCCUCGGAAUGCCCACUUUUUCCGUCUAGGGGGCGAUUCCAUCAAGGCGAUGCAGCUUGUUACAAUGGGGAGGCGGGCUGGAAUUGCCACGACAGUUGAGUCCAUAUUCAAAUAUCCCGUGCUUUGGAAGCUGGCCACUCAUGUUGAUCCCGCGGCCGACAAUGGAGAGGAUCAACUCUCUGACCCGGUAUCGUUUAGUCUCCUGGAGACAUCUGAGAGCCUCUCCCACAUGGGAAUGAACAUUGAACAACUGAAGGCAGACACCUCUGCGCAGUGUAACAUCUCUGUUGAAUCAAUCGAAGAUAUUUAUCCAUGCACGCCUCUCCAGGAGGGCAUGAUGGCUUUAUCGCUAAGGAAUCCCGAGGCAUAUAUUGCGCAUUUCACUUUUGAAACCCCAACUGUUGACAUUGAGUGGCUGCGACAGGCAUGGAAAGAAGUCGUCCGAAGAACGAGCAUUCUCCGCACCAGGUUUAUCAGUGGUCCAUCUGGAGGCUUUCUCCAAGUGGUUCUUCGGGAUGAACCGGACGCAGUAACGGUUCUCGACCAUCUCGAUCUGGGCAAGACCAGCCAGAGCUUUCAUAUCGUGCUCGGCACCCGGGCCAAUUCAGUUCACCUAUGCCCUAUCAACAACGGCAGUGGUGCUAAAGUCAUUUGGUCCUCUCAUCAUGCCACCUAUGAUGCGGUCUCGGUGCGGCAUAUAAUCAGCGACGUAGAGGCCCUCUACUAUCGGCAGAGCCCAUCCCCUUUAAGAAAUUUUGCAGCCUUCAUUCGGGAUACUCGGAUGACCAACGAGGCGGAGACCCGUCAAUUCUGGAUCAAUCAGCUUGAGGGUGCUGAGACCUGCUCAUUUCCGGCACAGCCAAUGUCUCACCCUGUAAGGGCUACCGCGACACAGUCCCGACAAAUCACUUUCACACCUCGUGCCGACUGCGACGUGACCACUGCAAAUCUAGCGCGUGCAGCAUGGGCGCUGGUAUUGUCGCAAUAUACUGGCCUUGAGAGCGUUGUUUUUGGUGUGACGACGAGUGGCCGGAGCCUUCCAAUGAGGGAUAUUGACCUGGUACGCGGCCCAACCAUCGCCACGGUCCCUGUACGUGUGGCGGUGCCUCGCGAAGCUAUCCUCGAGGACUUCUUGUCUAGGACCCAAAAGCAAGCCGUAUCCAUGAUUCCUUUCGAGCAUUUUGGCCUACAGAACAUCCGCGAGCUGAGUCCCGGUGCGCGCUUGGCUUGCGAUAUACGGUCAUUGCUCCUGCUUCAAUUCCCAGAGGACAGCGAACCUGGCCGCGGCCACGGCACGUUGAUGCAUAGUACAUCGUCCCAGAUGGAAGACGUCUUGACCUAUCCUCUGAACAUCGAGUGCGUCUUCCACGAAAGCCUCAUUAGCGUCACCGCAAAAUUCGACCCGGAUUUGAUGUCGGAUUCUGAAGUGGAGCGGGCCUUAGCGAGCUUCGAUGCUGCCCUUCAAUCUGUCACGCAGCAACGCGAUUCCGUGCUGCUUGAUGACCUGAAACAAAUCAGCAGCAUGGACCUCGAACAAAUCUUGGAAUGGAACAAGAAUGAGCCUGCUGCGGCGACAGUACCGAUUCAUGAAAUUAUCAAAGACCAAGCACGGAGGCAGCCAUCGGCGCCGGCUGUUUCGGCGUGGGAUGGCGACUUGUCGUAUGGCCAAUUAAUGAUCUUCGCUAUAUUGCUGACGCAAAUGUUACAAAAAUACAACAUUGGCAAAGGGGACAUUGUCCCAAUUUGCUUUGAGAAGUCAGUAUGGACGCAGGUUGCUAUUCUAGCCGUGCUCAUGACCGGGGCCACGUUUGUCCUUCUUGAUCCCAAGCAACCUUCCGCCCGGUUGGCCGUCAUUGUUGCGGAUUCGGGCGCGCAGCUUAUUCUCUGCCGCCCAGAGACAAGGAAUGCUGUUGCCGAUAACCAGGCCCGAGCAUUCGUAGUCAGCCCGGACAUGUUUUCCUCCCAUGGCGGAGAGAGCGAGGAAACUUGGUUCAAAUCCCUUGAGCUCUUGAAGCCAUCGGGCGUACUGGCUGAAGACCCAGCUUACAUCGUCUUCACUUCCGGUAGCACUGGAAAACCAAAAGGUAUUGUCGUCGACCAUGUCGCUCUGAGCUCCAGUGCCAUGGCCCAUGGCAGGGCUAUCAAGAUUGAUUCCAAUGCGCGUGUGCUCCAGUUCGCUGCAUAUACCUUCGACGUCAGCAUUGGCGAUAUCUUGGUGACCUUGGCCCUUGGAGGCUGUGUAUGCGUGCCGUCUGAGAUGCAGCGCUUGGAUGAUCUAAGUGGAGGUAUCCGAGAACUGCGCGUGAACCAUGCCUGCAUUACGAGUACCGUGGCAAUGCACCUUGAUCCGCAAACCGUCCCAUCUCUGCGUCGUCUGGUUAUUGGUGGCGAGCCUAUGAACGAAGCCUUAAUUGACCGGUGGGCCACCAAGCUUGACCUGAUCAAUAUCUACGGCCCGGCGGAGUGCACCGUGUGGUGUAUGGGGAAACUGGGUCUUACGCCUGGGGAUUCGGCAAGUGAUAUCGGCCACGGCCUGGGUGCCCUGACCUGGAUCACUGGGAUUGACCACCCUGACAAGCUCGCCCCCAUUGGCGCUAUCGGAGAGCUUGUGCUCGAAGGACCCACGCUGGCACGAGGCUAUUUCAAAGACCCUGUCAAGACUGGGGAUUCAUUCAUCAUCAACCCAGCAUGGCUACGAGCCAAGAGCAGUGAUGGUCAUGGCAUGCGGCGUGUGUAUCGCACCGGCGACUUGGUCCGUUAUGCUCCCGAUGGAUCGAUUGUGUUUAUCGGGCGACGCGAUCGCCAAGUCAAACUGAGGGGCCAGCGGGUUGAGUUGGCGGAGAUUGAACACCAUCUACAGCAGUUUCUCCCACAGAACAAUGAGGCUGUCGUUGACUUGAUCAGCCUUCAAGGGGGCACCAAUAACCCACAGCUGGCUGCCCUUGUCAAGGCGAGCGACGCUGGGGCUCGGGAAAGCUCGUGUGCUGUGGUUGUAGAUCCAGCAGCGCUCGAGACCUUCCACGACAUGCUGACUGGAAUUGACGAGCAACUGGCUUCGACGCUUCCUUCCUAUAUGGUUCCUACCUUAUACAUCCCGAUGAAAUGGUUCCCUCUCUCCGCAUCAGGGAAACUCGAUCGCCGAAAGUUGAAAGCCACAGUCGAGAAUCUCCCAGCUUCUGCUCUCCUGGGCCUAGCGCCUGGGACGAGAGACUACGAAGCACCGCAAGGAGAGCUGGAGAAUCUCCUUGGAUCAUUCUGGUCAGUCGUUCUCGAAUCGCAGAAGAAGAUCGGACGGAAUGAUCAUUUCUUCCGCCUCGGUGGUGACUCGAUUAGAGCAAUGAAAUUGUCCGCAACCGCCAGACGGCAAGGGCUACUCCUCUCGGUUGAUUCCAUCUUUAAAGCCCCCUUCCUUUCAAGCAUGGCCGUCCGAAUGGAACGUGCAGUCGAGUCUUCCAGCAACGGCGAUGACUUGGAUGAGCAGGACCCGGCCCCCUUCUCCCUCCUGGAAGCAGGUUCGAUCCGACUGAUCAUGGAAGAGCUCGCCCCGGGUUAUGGAAUCCCGGCAAACGAGGUGGAAGAUGCAAGCUUCUGCACCCCUCUUCAGGAGGGCCUCAUCUCCAUGUCCUUGAAGAAACAAGGCUCCUAUGUGGCGCGAGUGACUUUUGACCUCCCGCGCAACACUGACCUUGCUCAACUCCAGGACGCAUGGCACCAAAUGCUUCGAAACAAUCCGAUCUUGCGCAGCGUCUUUGUGAGCACCAAGUCAGAUGGGGUCCUUCAGUUAGUCACCAAGAGUCAGGCGUCGCUUGUGGAAAGAUGCCAUUGGGACGAGGUAGAGGGUCGUGCUACUCAAUUCAACUUCACGCUUGGUCGCCAAAACAACCUGAUGCUGCUCGCACCGGCCAGUGAGGGCAAGGGUCCAACCCUCACUUGGGUGCUGCAUCAUGCCGCAUAUGACGGUUGGUCUCUUCACCAGUACCUAGCCGAGGUUAGCAAUCGCUACUACGGACAUACUCUUGUCCCCGUGAGGUCCUUUGGGGCUUUUAUCAGACAUCUUCGAGCCACGGACAGUGAUGCAGCGCAGGAAUUUUGGGCACAGUAUCUCCAGGGUGCUCAGCCCUGCGAUUUCCCUCCAGCACCCAUGGCAGAAUCCGGCACUGUCAGUGCUAAGGUCCGCACGGAGAGGAAACUUGCGAUUCCACGCAGGGAGACAUCAGAUGUCACCAUCGCUUCCUUACUGCGGUCCGCCUGGGCGGUGGUCGUCGGGCGCUUUACCGGGUCGAAGGAUAUUGUCUUCGCCUCCACGAUGAGUGGUAGAAAUGUUGGACUGAAAGACAUUGAUUCCGUGCGCGGCCCGACAAUCACAACGAUACCAGUUCGAGUUCGACUCGAUCUGAGCGUUACGGUUGCAGAGUUCCUGCAGACAGUCCAAGAGGAGGCUGUGACGAUGAUGCCUUACGAGCAUUAUGGUCUUCAGAACAUUCAAAAGGUCAGUGACGAUGCACAGAAUUCCUGUGAGGCGCGAUCGCUCCUUGUCGUGCAACCUGUGGGGUAUGGGCAGGGUCACCAAACAGUAGAUCUAUUCAAUGGGUACUCGCAAGAACAGGAUGUCUAUACCUACCCUCUCACGCUAGAGUGUAUGUUUGGAGCAGACGGCACGAUCAACGUGGUUGCGACGUACGACGCUGCCUUUCUCUCAAACCGUUCCGUAUCCCACCUUCUCGAAUAUCUAGACGACACCAUCAGGCUAAUGUGCAGGUCCGUGGGUAGUCACCAUUCCUGGGACUCCCUUCUCGGGCCGCAUGAGGAUGAUCUUGCCAUCCUGAAGAGUUGGAAUAGCCAUGUCCCACCGGCAUCUCGGUUGACGGUCCAUUAUCUCUUCGAGCAAUCGGUCCUGCAAGCCCCCCGAAAGAUCGCCCUUGACACAUCCGACAACCAACUCACCUACGAGGAAGUUGACAAACUGUCGACCAGUUUUGCCGGUCGUCUCCGGCUGGAUGGAAUUGGAAGAGGGUCGCUGGUGGGUCUCUGCUUCGACAAGAGCUGGUAUGCAGUGGUGGCCAUGAUGUCUGUACUCAAAGUCGGCGGGGCUUUCUUUGCGUUGGAUCCCACCCACCCCCCAGAGCGCAUGCGGGAGAUUGUGAGUCGAAUGGACUCGGCAAUUAUUUUGAGUAACAAGAACAACAUGCACAAGGCGGAGCUUUUCCAUCAUCGUGUGAUCUGCAUCGAAGACGCCCUGUCUGAAGAGACGCAGCCGGAGCUCCUCGGAUCUCCCUGUCAAGAAGUCGUGCCUUCGGAUUUGGCUUUCGUUCUGUUCACGUCCGGCAGUACCGGAAGGCCAAAGGGCAUCGAGAUCACCCAUGGCGCGUUUUGUAGCAGCAUCUUGGCGCAUGCGCCGAGGCUGGGCCUGAGCUCUGCUUCCAGGGUGCUCCAAUUCUCGGCUUACACGUAUGAUGUCAGUAUGGCCGAAAUCUUCACGACCCUGGCGGUGGGCGGAUGCGUGUGUAUCCCUUCUGCCGAUGACCGCCUCAACAAUUUAUCUGGCUUCAUGAAUGACCACCAGGUCAACUGGUCCUUUCAGACCCCCACGAUGGCCUCCUUCCUCCAGCCGAACGCGCUCCCGACACUGAAGACCUUGGUUCUCGGGGGAGAAGGCGCCACGGAGCACAACUUGAAGACAUGGUCCAGUAGAGUCCAGCUUGUCAACAGCUACGGGCCAGCAGAAUGCUCGAUCUGGACCAAUUGUGCAGCUGGCAUUGCGGAAAACGCUGACCGACGGAAUGUGGGCCUGCCAAUAGGCUGCUCUAUCUAUGUCACUGACCCCCAAGAUCCGCACCUCCUUCUGCCGAUUGGAGCGGUGGGUGAGUUGCUUGUCGGAGGCCCAAACAUUGCCCGCGGCUACUGGAAGGAGAGCGAUAAAACUGCCAGCAGUUUCCUGUCCAACCUGCGCUGGAUGCGUCCGGUGGGAUGCACCGGCACAGUGUACAGAACGGGAGAUCUGGGACGGUAUUGCAGUGACGGGACUAUUGAGGUCCACGGACGCAAGGACCGUCAAGUCAAACUCAGAGGCCAGCGUAUCGAGCUUCCUGAAGUCGAGUACCGCCUCCGGCAGUGUCUGCCACCUGAUGUUGACGUGGCUGUUGACGUGAUUCGGUCUGAGAACGCUGGGCCUUCGGCCCAAUUGACUGCGUUCGUCGUUCUGCCGGAUCUUGGAGAGGGCCUGUCGAAGGCCCCCAGCCCUGGGAUUAUCACAAGCAAGGAAGUAAUUCGCAAGCUCAGUAGUCUCGUCGAUGAACUGGACGUGAGACUACCCGAGCUACUACCUCCUUACAUGGUGCCCUCGCUAUAUAUCCCAAUCACUGCACUACCACUGUCGGCCUCCGCCAAACUGGACAGAAAUGCGUUACAAGCUUGGGCAAAGCAGCUGUCACGGGCAGACCUCUCAAAUCUCAUGUCCUCUGACCUAGAAGGUGGACAGCCUCAAGACCAUUGGGAGCUCCAACUGCAGGAGCUAUGGGCCGACGUCCUGAGGAUUCCAGCGUCCGAUAUCCGACGAGGUGACCACUUCUUCCGUCUUGGAGGCGAUUCUAUCAAGGCAAUGCAGCUAGUUUCGGCAGGCUCUCGGCACGACUUGCAUCUCACUGUUGAACUCACUUUCAAGCACCCAGUCCUUUGCAACAUGGCAGUGCAGGCGCGCAAGCGCCAAUCGGACAAUACAAUUGAGCCGAUAUCUGCCAUGCUCGCGCCAUUUAGCCUCCUUGAUGCCACCCACGAUGUCAGUCAACUCAAAUCCGAUGUGGUCGCACAAUGCGACGUCGCUGUCGAUGCACUGGAAGAUCUGUACCCCUGUACAGCCCUACAAGAGGGGUUGCUCGCCUUGUCUGUGAGGCAACCUGGUACGUAUGUGGGCCAUUUCACGCUAUCUCUGUCGGACCAUGUGGACCUGGACAAGCUGGAGAAAGCUGACGGGCGCUUCCUGCAGGCCAUCAUCAAAGAUGAGUGUGUGGUGCGGCGCAUCGGUGUGGAGGAUGCAGGCGAACUUAUGCAGCAUUUUCGGAUCGGGCCGGGGGGCACAGCGAUGUCUCAAGUGAAUAUCUGCAAAGGCCGUGUGGUAUGGAUAGCCCACCAUGCCGUAUAUGACGGGUUGACCUUUCAGAACAUCCUGAGCGAUGUCGAGGCAACAUACAGAGGCCAGCAGAUCCCUGCGUCUAGCGUGUCAUUUAACCGGUUUGUUCAACUCUCGACCAUGGGGAACCUCAGGGAUGCUCAGAGGUUCUGGUGCGAGACGCUGGAGGGAGCCGAAAAAUGCGAGUUCCCAUCACUGCCAACCUCCGACUACCGACCACGUCCGACAGCCCUGAUGGACCGGCAACUCCGCUUCUCUCGCACCAUAUGCACGGAGGUCACCAGCUCGAACCUCUUCCGCGCUGCAUGGGCCUUGACAGUCGCGCAGUUUGUGGGCCAGGAUGAUGUUGUCUUUGGACUUACACUCAGUGGUCGGAACCUUCCCUUGCAGGGCAUUGAGUCAGUGCGAGGGCCGACUAUUGCCACGGUUCCUGCCCGCAUACGAGUGCAAGAUGACUGGACGAUCGAGAAGUUCCUCCAGCAUGUCCAGGAUUCCGCAACUGCCAUGAUUCCGUUUGAGCACAUUGGCUUACAGAAUAUCAAGUGCCUCGGCGAAAGCGCGAACUCCGUUUGUGACAUGCAAUCUCUUCUCAUCCUACAGUUCCCAGAGCUGGAUCCGCAAGGCUCGGACGAGCACGAUCAACCCAUCAUGUCACAAGUUUCGGGAACGUCCUCCGACGGCUUCUACACGAAUGCUCUCAACAUAGAAUGCGUUAUUCGCCAGUCGGGUGCAGAUGUGACUGUAUCCUAUGAUGAGAAUGUCAUUCCCAGCACCCAAUUGCAGCGUGUAUUGACAUACUUUGAGGAAGCUAUUCAACACCUGUCCACGGGUUCUCCAUUGACGCAAGUGGUCGAGCUGAAGCGUCUCAGCACGGUGGACCAAGAGCAGAUCAAGCAUUGGAACAACCACUCACUCGAGCAUGCCGAUAUUUGCAUACAUGACAUGGUUCAUGAGCAGGCUCGGCUGCAGCCUACUGCACCGGCGGUAUGUUCUUGGGACGGCGAUCUAACAUACGCCGAGCUCAUGAGCUUGUCCUUACGGUUAGCUGGGCAUCUUCGGCAAACCCAUUCCAUUGGACCGGGAGAUAUUGUCCCUGUCCGUUUUGAGAAGUGCAAGUGGACCCAGGUGGCGAUCCUGGGGAUUCUCUGUGCAGGGGCUGCCUUCGUCCCGCUGGAUCACAAAAAUGCCAAUUCCCGCAGAGAUGCGAUCAUACAAGAUGUUGCUGCCAAGGUUGUCCUUUGCUCCGACGGUCUUCAACAGGCCCUUGCCUCCUCGGGAGUCCCAUGUCUGGUCAUUAAUGAGAUGUUGCUUCAUGUCGAGAGGGGCCAGGGCGUCGAUGGGAAGCAUCUCAUGCCGCCGUCUUCCUCGAACAGCGCUGCCUAUAUCGUCUUCACCUCUGGCAGUACGGGCGUACCCAAGGGCAUCGUGGUGGAUCAUUCAGCUGUCAGUUCAAGCACUUUGGCACAUGGACGCGCCAUAAAGAUCAGUAAGGGCACCCGCGUGCUGCAAUUUGCGGCCUAUACUUUCGAUGUGAGUAUCGGAGACAUGCUUGUCACACUCGCCUUGGGUGGCUGCGUUUGUGUUCCAUCCGAAAGUGAAAGAAUCAAUAACCUGUCUGAUGCCAUUCAAAGGAUGCGUGUCAACCAUGCCUGUCUUACCAGCACUGUAGCUUUACAGCUUGAUCCCAAGGACAUUCCCGUCUUGCGACGCCUGGUUAUUGGGGGUGAACCAAUGGAUGAGAUUCUGGUAGAAAGAUGGGCAGACAAGGUCGAUCUGGUGAACAUAUACGGCCCUGCAGAGUGCACGAUUUGGUGCAUGGGCAAGGAGGUGUCGCGGGGAGACUCCGCACAGAACAUAGGCUGGGGACUCGGUGCUAUUCCCUGGGUUGUCAAUCCACACGAUCCACACAAGCUUGUGCCAAUUGGCGCACCUGGCGAGCUGGUCCUCCAGGGCCCGACAUUGGCGCGAGGCUACUUCAACGACGCACCAAAAACGAAGGCUGCUUUCUUACAAAAUCCACCAUGGUUGCCCCAGACCUUGUCCCAACAGAGCCAACGGGUCUAUUGUACUGGUGAUCUCGUCCGUUACAGUGAAGAGGGAUCCCUUUUCUUUCUGGGGCGUAAAGACCGCCAGGUGAAGCUAAGAGGCCAGCGGAUUGAGCUUUCUGAGGUAGAGGUCAGCCUCCGCCGAUUUCUGCCUCCCGACACAGAGGUAGCUGUCGAAGUUGUCACUCCGGGUGGUCCUUCGGCUGCACGAAGCCUGGGGGCGUUUAUCAGGAGUGCCUCUUCCCAGUGUGGUUCGGGGGCUCCUGGGGUGGUGACGUCGACUGUUGAAAUGCAAGCUCUCCAUCAUCUAGUUCAGGGCAUCGAACCCCGACUGUCGGAAAUACUACCGCCAUACAUGCUCCCGUCCAUAUAUAUACCGGUUUCUGCGCUUCCCCUGUCAACAUCUGCAAAGCUGGACCGCCGGGCCUUACAAAAGUGGGCCGAAACCCUACCUCUUUCAUUCUUUGGUCAUAUUUCCAACGACUCCACCGAGCAAAGUCGAUCACCCAAAGGCGAGACAGAGCUCCGUCUCAGUUCUCUCUGGAAAACUAUUCUCAAGCUCCCUAAUUCCCCCCGGCGGGAUGGCCACUUUUUCCGUCUCGGUGGGGAUUCUAUUCGCGCAAUGCAGCUGGUCAGUAACGCACGGCGCCAGGGUAUCUUCCUGAGCGUCGACAAGAUUUUUAGGAACCCGAUUUUGCUUCAGAUGGCUGCGGCUGCGGACCAGGACGCUAGCCCACGCGACGAAGCAGUCAGCACCGUACCCGUCUCCGUCGUGCCCUUUGAGCUUUUGGGUGUUUCGCACCAGGAGAUGGAGAUGCUGCAACAAGAAGCAAUCUCCCAGUGUCAUAUCACAUCGGACAACAUCGAAGACAUGUAUCCUUGCACCCCGUUACAAGAGGGUCUUGUAGCAUUGUCGUUCAAGGAGCCCGGGGCAUACACUGCUCGUCUUUCAUUCCCACUGUCUGCCGAGUUGGACACCAGCAGACUCAGGCGUGCUUGGGAGAGUGUCGUGCAGAAAACCCCGGCUCUGCGGACUGUGCUUUUCCACUCUAAGGCCCGGGGGUUGAUUCAGAUUGUUCUGAAGAAUUCCUUUGCCUGGUCCGAGGAUGUUCCCGAAACUGGCGCAGUGAAUAUCGCUGAGCAGUUUGCCAACCAAGCCCUGACAUCGCCACUCUGCCUAUUCACUAUGACCGGCACGGUGUUAACAUGGACCGUACACCAUGCUCUCUAUGACGCCUUUUCGUUGAAUCUAAUCUUCCGCCUGCUGGACUGGGAGUACAGUCAACCAGACUUGAGUCCUCCACCCUUUGUGACAUGCGAAUAUCGGAGAUAUAUUGCAGUGGCUUGUCAACGCGAUAACUCACAGAGUAAUGAUUUUUGGAAAGCGUAUCUCCUGGGGGCCCCUGAUCCAGCCUUUCCUCACUCCCCCAGUUCAGCAUACCGACCUAAAACACGAAAGACCAUUGCAAUCGAGAUGGCGACUGAUCUGGGAUUGACGAUCACUACGGCCGCCAACGUUCUGAGAGCAGCGUGGGCACUGACAGUGGGUGCAUACGCCAACCUUGACCAGGUGGUCUUCGGAACCACACUCCAUGGUCGCGAUCCAACCUCUCCCUACCUCGCUCAGGCUGUGGGACCCACGAUCGUCACGGUGCCGGUCCGGAUAGCCCUAGGGGAACAGCAGACCCUCGGCGAACUUCUGCAAGUGAUUCACGACGACUCCUCCAGCGUUGCCGCUCACGGUCACCUUGGUCUACAGCAAAUCAGCACCCUGAGCGAGGACGCGCGCCGUGCAUGCGACUUUCAACACAUGUUCCUCGUCAACGACGCUUCCACGGAGCAGAGCAUCUCGAAGGUACUCGGAACCCCUCUGGUGUCGGACAAUAACGAGAACUUUCAAAUGUACGCCCUCGAAGUCGAAUGUCAGGUGCAGGCCUCCAGCGUUCAAGCCAGGAUGUUCUAUGACAGCGAGGUUGUCAACGACAUGAGGGCCCAAUGGAUGCUGGACCACUUCAGUGCUGUUCAUCGCGCGAUCUGCUCGGCCCCUGCUUCGACCAAGAUCUCAACGUUCCAUCAUGCAACAGCCAGCGAGCAUCGGGACCUUCUCAUCGCGAACGAACACCUUCCUGACGAGGUGCCACGAACCCUUCAUGGGAUGUUUACUGACCAGGCUGAUACGCAUGCUACCAGAACCGCCGUGCGUGCCUGGGAUGGUACCUUCGAAUACAGAGACGUUGAUCGUCUCUCUGACCAACUAGCCCGGCUAUUGUUGGAAAGGGGAGUCGGUCUCGGUUCCCAUGUAGUAAUGUGCUUUGAGAAGUCCAAGUGGGCUUGUGUUGCCAUGCUUGCAGUCUUAAAGGCAGGCGGAGUGUGCGUUCCACUCAACGACCAAUACCCUGUGGAAAGAGCGCACUAUGUCGUCGACCACGUGAAGGCUGUUGUCUGCCUCUCCAGCCCCCAGUGCGCAGAUAUCUUUGAUGGCUGCCCCGUCAAUGUGGUUCUCGUGAACCACGCCACGAUCGAUGGUCAGGCUGUCCAGUCCCAGCCCCGGAAGCAGCCCACCGUAGCCCCCGGUGAUGCCGCUUUUGUCAUGUUCACCUCUGGAACAACGGGAUAUCCCAAAGGUGUCAUCCAGACUCAUGCGAACCUGGUGACUAGCACCUUGGCUAUUGGAACUCGUAUGGGAUACAGCGCCGCUUCUCGCAUCCUGCAAUUCGCUUCCUACACCUUUGAUGUUAGCCUCGGGGACAUUUUCGGUGCUUUCUUCUUCGGAGCGUGUGUGUGCAUUCCCUCCGAGCAACAGAGGCUGGACUCUCUAGAUGACUCCAUCCGAGAAAUGGGGGUUGAUCAGGCGUGCCUGACACCCGCGGUGGCGCGGACGUUGGCUGGAAAGCCCCUGCCGACGCUGGCCACCCUGAGCCUUGGUGGUGAGUCUCUUCGGCUGACCGACAUUCGCCAGUGGGCCGGAAAGGUUCGACUGCUCAACAUCUACGGUGUGACGGAAUGCACCAUUUGGUGCGCGAUCAGCGACCCCAUUGACCCACGUUCCAGAUCGCCCAGAAACUUUGGUUAUGGAAUGGGCUCGCGGCUGUGGAUCGUUGAUCCUAGAGAUACGGAUUGUCUCAUGCCACCCGGGGCGAUCGGAGAGCUGUUGAUUGAGGGCCCCAUUGUUGCCAAGGGAUAUCUGCACGACGAAGCGAGGACGAAAACCAGCUUCAUCAGCAAUCCCACAUGGCACCCCGCCGUGCAGCGCGGUGACACGGUCAGACUCUACCGGACUGGGGAUUUGGUCAGACAUGCCAAUGCCAGCUCGUACGAAUACCUCUGCCGCAAGGACACGCAGAUCAAAAUCAAUGGACAGCGGGUGGAACUCGGCGAGAUUGAGAAUCAAAUCCAGCUGGCGAUUCCAUCGCAUCUGCUAGCAGUGGUUGAUCAGCUGCCGGUCUUUGAUACCAGUCUUCUGGUCGCAUUUAUUGCGCCGCGCGAUCCAGCGACGGCGGCACCCCUGCUUGAAGCCGAACAGCCAUCAUUUGUGGCCAAGGUCAUGUCCAGUCUUUCGGGCGUCCUGCCCUCACACAUGCUACCAGCCAGGUACAUUUUCCUUGGAAGCAUACCACUUUCCCCCGCGGGCAAAGUCAAUCGCCGAGCCUUACGAGACCAAGGGGAGACGUCCAUCGCUGCUACGGAUUCCGAUGGAGAGGGAGGCCCAAAGCACUUGUCUGACCAAGAGCACCAGCUUGGUGAGCUUUGGAAAUCAUGCAUCCACCUGGCGGGAUGUCAACUGGGGCCGGAAGACCACUUCUUUGCGGUUGGCGGUAAUUCAUUGUCUGCGAUGCGCCUGGUCUCGCGGGCAAGAGAGGCCGGUCUCAGCCUCUCCGUGCAGACAAUCUUUGCGCAUCCCACCCUCGCCGACAUGGCCGUCCAAGCCGCCGUCACCAGCCGGGAUGAGCUGCAAUCCGAGUCCUCUUACCGUCCAUUCGACCUUGUCUCAGACCUGGGUAUGGCUUCGGUCAGGGAGGCCGUUAGAUCCGCGCCCGGCCUCUCGAGUCGAGACAUCCUCGACAUUCUACCCACUUCUACCCUUCAGCAUGAUUACAUGGUAGCGGCCGAGUCUAGUCCGGGAUGGUUCUGCACGCAGUUUGUCGUUAAGCUUCGGCCAUCCGUUCAGCUGGAACAAUUGCUGCGCGCAUGGGAAACGUUGUUUAUAUCCCAUGAGAUAUUUCGCACCAGAAUCGUCAAGUACGGCGCACGCUAUUUGCAGAUUGUCCACCGCGCAAAAUUCACAGCAGCGUUGUGCCAGGACCUGGAGACAUAUCUCGAGUCCGACAAGCAAUGGCCCUUUGUCGCCGGCGGCGAGAUGCAACGGAUGGCCAUUAUCCAGGACCAGGCCGGGGCCCCAACCCACCUGGUCUGGUCCGCUCAUCACGCCAUCUAUGACGGCUGGUCUGUCCGCUUGAUUCUCGGGCAACUCGCCCAGGGUUACGGGGCGCUGUCCGAGAACAGCACCAGCACCAUCGAGCCUCUUGGGAAGUACAUCAAGCCUCUCUCACGGAUCAGUCAGGCACCAGCCCGUGACUUCUGGGCAUCCCAGCUCUCUGGUAUACGCUGCCAGCCACCGAAACAUCGUCCCUCCGAGAAGCAACCGUGUGCGAGUGCGUUCUUCGAGCACCAGAUGGUCACACCCACUCUUCCGAAGGACCGCGGCAUCACCCUGCCAACGAUUAUAUACGCCGCGAUGGGCUUGCUCGUGGCCCAGCGGUCCGGGGGUCCCGACGCUGUGCUCAGUCUGACUCUGACGGGACGAAACGAGGCGAUCGCCGGGAUUGAGGAUGUCAUUGCGCCCAUGAUCACCAUGGUUCCUUUGCGAAUCCACGCCGACCUCGCCACCACGCUGGAGGCACUUCUCCGCGACGUGCAAACCCGACUCCAGGACAUGAUUCCCUGGGAGCAUACCGGCUGGAGCAAAAUCGCGCGCAUGGGUCCGGACGGAAGUGCAGCCUGCGCCAAUGCGUUCCCGCUGGUGGUCCAAGCCUUCCAGGAUGAUGCGGCCUAUGAAUCGUCUCCCGUCGUCGAGCAUAUGCGUGCAAUUCCCAUGGGCGCUCCCCCGCUGCCGAUUCUGAGCGAAUGCAGCCUCCAGAAAUCCACCAUGACCCUCUCCUUCCGCUACGACCCGGAGCUGUUUGACCAACGCGUCAUCGGGGACAUGUGUGCUGAUUUUGAAUCCUUGGUGACUGGUCUUAAUGUGGAGGAAUGUUUAUUUCCCUUUGUUUAA